UGAACAUGUCGAACUACAAGGAAAAGUUCUCGACUUUGCUCUGGCUUGAGGAGAUUCAUGCAGAAAUAGAACUGAAAGAGUAUAACAUGAGUGGGGUCACCUUGAAAAGAAAUGGUGACCUGCUGGUUCUGGAGGUCCCAGGAUUGGCUGAAAGUAGGCCUUCUCUGUACGCAGGUGAUAAGCUGAUUUUAAAAACUCAGGAGUACAAUGGACAUGUCAUCGAGUACAUCGGCUAUGUGAUUGAGAUUCAUGAAGAAGAUGUAACUCUUAAACUUAACCCAGAAUUUGAGCAGGCAUAUAACUUUGAACCUAUGGAUGUGGAAUUCACAUAUAACAGGACCACAAGCAGACGGUGUCACUUUGCACUUGAACACGUCAUCCACUUAGGCGUUAAAGUGUUGUUCCCAGAAGAAAUCAUUUUACAGUCUCCCCGAGUGACGGGGAAUUGGAACCAUGCUCAAGACACCAAAAACGAUGGACAGUCCACCAUCAAGAAUAGGAAAGCCAUGAAGGACCACACUAAGCAUGCAGCCAAGGAGAGACGGGCUGGUGCCCGGGACACGCCGGGGCCGGCGACCUUUGCUGAAAAGUCAACUAAUCUGGUAAACGAAGUUCAGAUCCCCAAGGUGGGAGAGAAGGAAUUUUUCAAUCCCUUGCUCAACGAAAACCAGAAGUUAGCGGUUAGAAGAAUCCUGAGUGGCGACUGCCGCCCGCUCCCGUAUAUUCUCUUCGGACCUCCUGGAACCGGGAAGACAGUGACCAUCAUAGAGGCUGUCUUACAG